CACCUGCCGGACUGGUAGACGUUCUGGGCCCGAGGCAGCGACAUGCAUGACCGAGUUACUGGCGUCUUCAGGAGAUGUGGGCUCAUUGUAUUUCCCCCAAGAUGUCAUCAAGAGGACACCAGGGAGCCUUGUGGCUGUUUUUGUUUGCAUUUUUUGUUUCAGGUUGUGUGUCCAUUAGACGAGAGGAGGGCUCAGACGUGCAGUUGUCGUGUAUCGUCCCGAUCCCGAGCGAGUAUGUCCUGGAGUGGAAGCGGGGUGCUGAGGUGAUUCUCCGGUACACCAGUACUUCAGGUGCCGCAGUGGUCCCAGCUGUGAGCUUCGCUGGGAGAGUUUCUCUCGUUGGAGCGCGGAUGGAUUUGGGGAUAACAUCGGUGAAAUGGACAGAUUCCGGACAGUUUUACUGCAGUGUUAGAAACCUGGCGACCUCUGACCCGCCGGUGACGUCAUCCAGCCAAACAUUAACAGUUGACGGAAUGACUACGAUGGAAAGUGACGUCAUCUCCAGACGGGACAAUUUGGGAGGUUGUACAGCAGAUACCAGUGGAGUGCAGUUGGUCACAGUAAUCCUGAUGACAACAGCAGCAGGGGUUGGGGGGAUGCUGGCGGGGGCAGCACUGGCGCUGUUGUGUCGUGCCAUGUGCCGAGACUCAGGACGGGAUGAUGAUUCCAGAGUUUUUCACGCUGCUGAAGUGGCUUUCUAAUAUGGAC